GGUCCUCCUACGUGUACGUUCUCGAACGCUCCAACGAUAUUGCGAUCCUGUCGGUCAACGCGUUGGUGCCUGAAGCUACCGGCUGCUCCCCUCUCCCCCUUCCUUACCACCAACACUCUAUCUGCUACGACCACCGCUACCGGCAACUAACACUAGACUGUAACCAUCGGAUAUCAGCAUAAUGCGUCAACAUGGCUGAGGAUACUUAUUCCGACACGCUCUCCGUCUCUUCUUUCGGCCCCCGCUACCCUGCUGUUCUAACCACCACCUCAUCCUGUUCAUCGUUCCACGAGAUGCCGCGCACUAGGAGGCUGCGUCUUCUCGUCGCUGCGAAUGGCCAGAGGGAUGUCGCCUACGCCCAGGCCAUCGCCGUGCGCCUCCUCAAGGACUCCCAGAUCGAGACCCGGGCUCUCGUCGACGAGAUACCCAUGCGCCUGACCCACGAUAUCAUGGUAAUGGAAAAUCGAAGCCUAGCUGCCUUGGCUAUCGAUGCCGACCCGAGGACGAGAGACGCCAUUGAGUCCGCCAGACAGACCGCCUUCGAGCUCGUGGACUGGGCCGACCUGCUCGUCCUAGCACCCAUCGACGCGGAUCAUCUCGCUAAGAUGAUGUCCGGCAUCGCCGACACUACCCUGCUGGAGAUACUGAGAGCCUGGGACGUUUCCAAGAAGAUUCUACUGGUACCCGGCAUGUCGGUGCAGAUGUGGGAGAAUCCCAUGACGAAGAAGCAGCUGAGCAAGAUUAAGCGCAAGUGGGAUUGGAUCAAGGUCAUGACCCCCGUGUUGUGGCACUACGACGGGUCGAGUUCGCAGAAGCGUAUGGUGGCCUGGGAUGGAUUUAACGACCUCGUCGGCAUAAUCAAAAACCAGGCCGAGCUGAUGAGCCUGGGACACGACGUCGAGGUGGCUGCGCAGCAGGCCAUGCAGACGGCCGCUCUGAGUCGGUCCUCCAAAUGUCUGCCGCCAGAAAUAUGGACCAUCAUAUUUGAGCACGUCGGCGACUGGGAAUUAGCGACGGCCCUCGGCGUCUACACGAAUCUCGAGACCCCGCCGGAAUGGAAGAGCGACCGCGCGAACCUGACCGAUCCUAUUGAGAUCUACAUGCAUGAUCUCGAAUGGCUGAUCUUGUCUUGUCCGGGCCCUGGAGCGAUCUGUCAGAAGCUGUCGGAAGCGCCGAAGGAGCUGCGCUACGUCUCCUACCUCACCGUCAAGCUCAUCAUCAAGUUCUCGUUGAUCAGCGUCCUGACGUACCUAGAAACGAAUCUGAGCAAAGUCUUCUGGGCCUCCUUUAGCGCCAAGUUACUACCGAACAAGGCCUCUGGAGUGUACGGCCGCAUCGACAUUCUCGACUGGUGGAAUACAUCCCCGUCGUUUUUGAAGAAGGAAUACGACGCCGAGGCGCUGGACAAUGCUUCGCGGAUGGGAUACGUUCACGUGCUGGACUGGUGGCUUCGCUCCGGCCUCCCGCUCAAGUAUACCGAGGCAGCCCUCGAGUCGGCCUCCGCAAGGGGACACCUCCUGGUAUUGGAGUGGUGGAGAGAUGCGGCGCUCAAGGACGACAGAACCAUACUGAAAUCCGGCCGUAGCCUCUUGAGCGCUGCUCAGCACGGACAGACUGCCGUUCUCCGCUGGUGGGAAUCGUCAGGAAUUCCCGCAAGCUACAGCGAAGGCGUAUGCAAGAUCGCCAGCGCCCACGGCCAGACUGCAGUACUCGACGUAUGGCACGAGCUCAAAGGCGACAAACUGUCCUUUGACUCGCAGGUUCUCGUGGCACCGACGAGACAAGGGUAUGUCGAGGUGUUGGAAUGGUGGAAGCGGUACGCCCGCGGAGAGCUUCAGGCCGACGGGAGAGCGCAUCAGGUGGAAUACAAGACCUGCGAUAUCGAAGAAGCGCUCGAGGAUGCGAUCGGGGACCUCCGACCCGUUCGAAAAUGGUGGGCCAAGAACGGGUUGAAUCUGGGCUUGGGCACCAACGAAUGGAUGAAGACUCGGCGACUCUAGUUUGACGUGUAGUUAGAUUGUAUAUGAGCAUAUGUCAACACGACAUUAAUACAGACGUACGUGUGCCCAUACACGGAUAAUGGCGCGGAAAUUGGUGGCGUAUAUCCGAGUAGUCUCACACUUAUCCUGCCUACCAUGUCUAUCCUACCUAGUACCUCAUGCGACCAUCACGCGCGAAUAUCGGGCACGUUUUGCCAUGUACGUGGACCAUCCUGGGACACAGUGAAAUGUAUGUA